CUGGAUGUGGCUGAGCUCGCCCACCAGUUUUCCUCUGUACUGUUGUUUAGCUGAGAGCUAGCCGCCGUGUGCUAGCCUGCCAGGACAGCCCAGGUGUAGGUGAUUCCUCGGUCUGUCUCUGCUUCUUCCUCCGGCGUUAAAUCGAAUAUUUAAAGCGUAAAAUCGUCGUGGAAGUCAGCGGUUUACUGAACGGUGAUCACACAUGGACCAAUGUUUGAAGACAGUGAUUCAUCAGAGCCAAGAGCCAAGACCUUCACAGUAAAAUGACAUAAACAGCCAUCCAGAUCUCCUAAGAUGCUGCGCAGAAGCUGGCUGUAGGUAAUGUGAUCCGCAGGGACAGGGAAUGCAGACUUGUGAGCUAUAGCUUGUAUGUGAGCGUGAUGCCCAGGCGGGGGUUGCCGCUCCAGGGCCGGGUUCGCUGGCUCUUCCUGGGGCUCUUCCUGCUGCUGGUGCUGCUGCUGUUCGCGUACCUGCUGGAGUGCACCCCUCCGGCGGACGUCAGCCUGGUCCUGCCCGGCCUGGCGGGAGAGAGCUACGGGAAGGAGUAUUACCAGGCCCUGCUGCAGGAGCAGGAGGAGCGCCACCUGAACCGCGCCGCCAGCCUCAAGCGGCAGAUCGCUCAGCUCAAGCAGGAGCUGCAGGAAAUGAGCGAGAAGCUGAAGCUCCUGCAGGACAAGAAGGAGCUGCCCGGGGUGCAGGGCCUGACCGAGACUAAGGACCAGGAGCCGGGGGAUCUGCUGGAGUACCUGCACUCUCAGAUCGACAAAGCCGAGGUCAACACGGGGGCGCGCCUGCCCAGCGAGUACGCCCUGGUGCCCUUCGAGAGUUUCACCUCAUCCAAGGUGUACCAGCUGGAGAUGGGGCUGACGCGGCACCCGGAGGAGAAACCCGUCCGCAAAGACCGCAGGGACGAGCUGGUGGAGGUCAUCGAGGCCGCGCUGGACAUCAUCAACAACCCGGACGAGGAGGACGGCGUGGAGGACGACAUGCCGAUGCAGAGACUCACCUACACCGAGGGUCACUUCACUGAGGGACUUUACAGGACAGAGCGAGACAAAGGGACGCUUUACGAGCUGUUCUUUGCCAAAGAGGAUUCCAGCAGCUUCCGCCACGUCACGCUCUUCAGGCCCUUUGGUCCCUUAAUGAAAGUCAGGAGCACAUCUGUAGAAACAUCAGGAAUGAUUAUUAACAUCAUCGUGCCGCUGGCGGGCAGAGUAGAAACUUUCACACAGUUCUUACACAACUUCAGGGAGGUGUGCAUUCAGCAGGACAGACGAGUGCAUCUCACAGUGGUUUAUUUUGGGCAGGAGGGCCUACAGGAGGCAAAGUCAUCAUUGGAAAAAAUGUCAAGGGAGGAGAGCUUCUCCAAUUACACCCUGAUUCCAGUGGACGAGGAGUUUUCCAGAGGUCGGGGUCUGGAUAUCGGAGCCCACGCCUGGAAGAGAGGCGACGUCCUGAUGUUUUUUUGUGAUGUCGACAUCCAUUUCACACUGGAGUUCCUCAACACCUGUCGACUCCACGCCGCCCCGAACAAGAAAGUCUUCUACCCAGUGGUGUUCAGUCUGUACAAUCCUGCCAUAGUCUACGGAAAUAUGGAGCUGGCUCCACCCAUUGAACUCCAACUGAUUCACAAAAAAGAUGCUGGAUUCUGGAGAGAUUUUGGGUUUGGAAUGACGUGUCAGUAUCGCUCAGAUUUCCUGAACAUCGGAGGGUUUGAUCUCGAGGUGAAAGGCUGGGGCGUGGAGGACGUCCACCUGUACAGGAAGUACCUCCGGAGCGACCUGAUCGUGAUCCGGACCCCCGUGUCCGGCCUCUUCCACCUGUGGCACGAGAAGCAGUGCGCGGACGAGCUGACGCCGGAGCAGUACCGCAUGUGCAUCCAGUCCAAAGCCAUGAACGAGGCCUCGCACUCCCACCUGGGCAUGCUGGUGUUCCGCGAGGAGAUCGAGGCUCACCUGCGCAAACAGGCCUUCAAGACUCAGAGCAAAGCCGAGGACUGAGGGAACCUCCGGCGUCGACUCGAGACUCUGAGGUGCUGAACCAUGUUGACACGUUACAGCAAAGACACGUUUACAUUGAUCUUUCUGCAUUUCACCGCACAGCUGUAGACGAAUGAAUGUACAAAAAAAACAAACGGCGAUCAAUGUUAAACUACAGCAGCAUCAAACACGAGUACACAAUCAAAUAAUAUUUAACCUGCUGAAUAUCUCUCAGAUUUAGGGGCUGACAUCGUAUCUUACAUAUCGCAGCAUGCAGUUAUUAACUCGGGAUACAUUAAACGCCUCAUUACGCCAUCGCUCCUGCUUUAAACACAGUCUCUCCACCGUGUUCAUCCCUCUGCUGCUGAUUUCAGUAAGAAGUUGCACUUUCUCAAAACAGAAGUUAGAAAAGAUUCCCACUAGAGCCAGUAAGUUUCUACUGAUUCUCCAGCUUUCACUUUAUACAGUAUCUUAGCAGUUUGUUUAUGGAGCCAUACUGUUCUGUUAGUGUUAUAUAUACGGUAUAUAUACACCUGUAUUUAUAGGAUGUGUCAGGCUGGUGAUGUUAUUUUAAAAAGGGACCUUUUUGUGUGUUUCUAACGUGACGGUCGGUCACUUAUCUUUCCUCUGCUGACGACAGUUGAGCAUGUUGGAACAGUUAAAGAGCCAGGAGCUAAGAUCUGCUUAUAGCAUGCAGCGCUACGAUUAUCAGGACUCCAAAUAAACAAAGACCCGUCAAUACGAUUCCUGACACCGGACUGAGAUUGAAUGUUACAGCCGCUCUUCUUGUAAAUACUUUUCUAAUGUUCCUUCCGUUUCAUAACGCGUGACUUGAAUACUUUUGUCGUACGUGCCUACGUGCUUUAAGUGACAUGAAGUGUGUUAAGGGAAGCCGUUUGUUUUAUUCUGUUUCUUAACAACGAAGGUUCAGUCGCGGAGGUCAGAGGGCGCGAUGUUAGCGAGUACAGCUGUCAAAAAAAUCGUAGGUGGAGCCGGCAAGAAGUGCUUUAUUUUUCUCACAAAGAAAGCAGGUUACUCUUGCAUCUCAUCUUGUACUGUAAUUAUUUUUAAUCAAUGGUUGUUUUUUUUCAAUAUUACAGCUUUUUUUUUGUAGAUAGUCUUAAAAGUCUCCUCGUCCUGCAGGAGAAAUGUUACAUGUCUUCCUCUCAGCAGUUCACAACAAUUCAAACAGAACUUGUGCAAGGAAAUGAUUUAUUUUGACAUUUUGGCCGUGAAAUAAAACUUAAAGAAGGCUGCAUUAA